ACUUUGAUACUCAAUCCUGUGAGCCACUGAGAUGCCCCAAAACCUUUCAUUUCUAAAUAAACAAACACCACCAAGGUUGUAAAAUAGGCCAACGAUCACUUUAUAAAAAGAAUCCUUGGGUUAAAUUCAGAUACAUCUUGAAAAGUAGAAAAACUAAUGAUUUAUUUUUCCAAAAGUCGAAGUUGUCCAAUUUUAGUCUUAUGUAUAAGAAAUUUUAACUGUAUUCAUCUGAUAGUAGAAAGUGGAAUGAUUUUACUUUCACUUGUUACCUUCCAGCUGUAUCUUCACACGAUACCCAGAGCCUCUUUCCAAAGAUGUGCAUAGGAACUAUUUUCGAAAGAGUGUCAGUGGAUAAAUAUAAACAUAGUGCCCUUGAGAAUGGACACUUAGUGAUAGAGUGGAACAGUGUUGGGGAGAGACAAGGGCAUCAAAGAUCUCAUGAAACACAUAUGCAAAUAGAGACAACUGCCCAUUGUAAGAAUCUCACUGCCCAAAACAGUGAAGGAUAUAAAACAUUUUGGAAACCCCCCCUCUCUAACACUGUUACUUCUGCAGGGCAGUGUGUUUCUAUAAUCAAAGGCUCAAAUCAAGUGGUCAAACAGUCAUAUUUGCAGAACAAAAAUUUGGAGAAUCUGGAAAGUGACCUAGCCCAUGCUGAAAAUACUUCUUUGCACCAUUUUGACAAUGGGAUUGCAUUACCCUUUCAGUCAAAUAUUUCUGAAAGUCAGAGAUUGAAAAAGGAAGAAAAAAAUGGUAAGUGGUAUCCAUUUGAGGGGUCCUUCCCUGAGCAGUCGACCUUACAACAAAACCACAGCAUUUUCAAUGAGAACAGAAUUGCUCAUUGCAGUGAAUCUGAGAAAAUAUUGAACCAGGAUUCAAAUGUUAAUAAAUAUCUACGGACUCCUUUGCCAGGGAACCAUUGUGACUGUACUAAAUGUAGGGAAGUCUUUUAUCAAAGCUCAAACCUUAUUAGACAGAAGAGAAUACAUUUGGGAGAGAAUCCUUCUGAAUAUACUGAGUGUGGGAAAAUUCUUAACCAGUCCUCCAAUGUUGGUGAUCAUCUGAGGAGUCCUGUGGGAAAAAACCCGUACACAUGCAAUGAACCUGGGAACGUGUUUAGUCAGUCAUCAAGACUUAAUAAGACAAUCCAUAUUGGGAAGAAAGUUUACAUUUGUAAGGAAUGUGGCAAAGCCUUCAACUGGCACUCAACACUGAUUCUACAUCAGCAAAAGCAUACUGGAGAGAGACCUUACAAAUGUGAAGAAUGUGGUAAAACUUAUAAGUACAGCUCAUCACUAAAUAAACAUAGGAUAAUCCAUACUGGAGAGAAAAUUUACAAAUGUCAAGAAUGUGGCAAGGCCUUUAACUGGCAGUCAGGCCUUAUUGGACAUCGGAAACUUCAUGCUGAGGAGAAACCUUACCAAUGUAAAGAAUGUGGCAAGGCCUUUAAAAGGUACUCAAGCCUUACUGUACAUCACAGAAUUCACACUGGAGAGAAACCUUACCAAUGUAAAGAAUGUGGCAAGGUCUUUACCCACCAGACAAGCAUUAUCAGACAUCACAGAAUCCAUACUGGAGAGAAACCUUACCAUUGUAAAGAAUGUGGCAAGGCCUUUAUCCAGAAAUCAACCCUCUUUGUACAUCAGAGAAUUCAUACAGGAGAGAAACCUUACCAAUGUGGAAAGUGUGGCAAGGCCUUUACCCAGACCUCAAACCUUAUGGCACACCACAGAAUUCACACUGAAGAGAAACAUUACCCAUGUAAAGAACGUGGCAAGGCCUUUAUUUGA